AUGGACUCUAUUGCCAUCGCUGAGAAACCGACGAUCAUUCUGGUCCAUGGCGCUUGGCAUGAACCGGACUGCUGGGACUCCGUUACUUCACUGCUGAAGGAGCACCAAUAUCCCUUCAACACCGUCAAGCUACUGUCCUCAGGCGGAGAAUUCAGCACCUCAGUGGCCGAAGAUGCAGCGCAUAUCCAUAAGACGAUAUCCCAGCUCGCAGAUGCUGGAAAAGACAUGAUUCUUGUUAUGCAUUCCUACGGCGGUAUUCCAGGAACAGAGAGUGCAAGGGGGUUGUUGAAAAAGGACCGACAAGCUCAACAUAAACUGGGCGGAAUUAUUUCCCUAGUUUAUGUAACGGCCUUUUUGCUCCCCCCGGCAACUUCUAUAGCUUCUUUUCUAGGUUUUAUGCCACCAUGGGUUGUGUUUGACGGUGACAAAAUGACUGUCCAAGGAGCGGAAGAUAUUUUCUACAAUGAUUUGACCAAGUCGCAGACCAAAAAUCAGCUCGCCAAGUUGACACAUCAGGCUAAGCCCUCUUUCUAUACCAACCUGACUUAUCCCGCAUACCAAGAGGUUCCGGUAUCAUAUCUUCUCUGUGAGCAAGAUAAUGCCAUUCCAUUUGUUGCUCAGCAAGCCAUGGUUGGAAUUGGAGGUCCCGGUGUUGCAUCAUAUGUGUGCUCUUCCAGCCACUCCCCGAUGUUGAGUAUGCCUGGCAAGGUUGUAGAAGUCAUCCGAGCGACUGCUGGUGAAGAGUUUUCCAGUGUAUAA